AUGCCCAACCCUGAGUUGUGCCCGUGUUUGUUUGCGACUCCCCAGUUUCAGGAUCUUCAAGGUUCUCUAGGUCUUCGGAGAGUAGUGUGCAAUCAGGGAGCACUGGGACAUGCGAACGUCAAACCCACUGAGUUAGGCACAAACCUUCCUCUGCAAUGGCUGACUGUGGCUACCGCAGGGGUUCCGGUUCAGGGUGAGGGUGGAGCGUCUGAGCUUGGCUAUGCGGGAUCGGCUUGGGCACCGGGCCUUAUCGACGCUGUGGCGGAUGCCAUAGACACUUUUUGCGAACAGUAUCCGCCCCCGGUGCUUGCUCAGUUGACCGAUGCGGACCGAAUGAAGCAACACAUUAGCCAAGAACAUAAACCUUAUUGGAAGCGAUGCAGAAGCUGUGUAGAAGGUAGGAGUCGUGAUCGACCUCAUCGUCGGUCGCCGGUUCCUGAUGUCAAUGUGUUGUCGCUCGAUUUGGUUGGGUUGUUUCGUAAAGGUCGCACCGAACAGUUGGCUCGUGUUAAACACAUGCUACAUGCAGUGUUCGUGCUUCCGGACUUAGCAGCCAUUAAACGUGAUCCAAGUGCUGGGGCCGGUGAUGGAAAAGACAGUGGGGAUUCUAACCGUGUGCGUCUUGAGGGAGAUCAUGAGGAGCCUCACGGCCUCGAUGACUUUGGGUGCGACUGGUCACCUGAUUUCGAGGACCUUUUUCCCGACGACGACAUGCUUGAUGCGCCGCCUACGACGGUUGCGGCUGUCAGGCCGAUGCCUGAUAAGACACCCUUAGAUGAUGAGGGCCGUUACCUUCUUGAAAAGCUCCCUGUCGUUGAACUUACUUUCAGUGAGGCGUUGGGUUCUAAAAACUGCGGGGAGGUGCUUACUGCGGUUCGCAAGGUAGAGGCCCGUAUCAGAGCUCUUGGCUACACUGUUCAAAGGAUACACAGCGAUAAAGGGUUGGAGUUCUCGAAUACCUUGUUCAACGCUUGGGCAGCGGAAAGAGGAAUCCUUGUUAGCAGCACCUCCGGUGAUGAUUACAAGGCCAAUGGCCGGGUAGAAGCUAGUAUCGGUCGCAUGAAGCAGAUGGUUACAACACAGCUGCUAGCAACUGAGACUGACGAAGUCUUGUGGCCAUUAGCUUGGCGCCACUCGGCAGAGGCCUCUUUGAGAGAGAGCUUGAAACGAUUAGGGUACGCUACUGCUCCCAUGAUUCCGUUUGGAUGUAGGGUCUACGUCAAGAAAAGAUCGUGGAAGAGCCAGCAAUGGUCUGCUAAGGUAGUGCCCGCCACUGUUCUCGCCCCAGCUGUUAAUGCUCCUAACACGUGGCUCAUUAGAACCGAUGCUGAUGAGUUUUACUCUACGUCGGUAAUCUUUCGCGAUGUGCUUACGUGCCCUAAUCCCCCUGCCGAGGUCCCUAAAACAGUAGUUCAUGAUGCUAUGCCGCCGAUGCAUGUGAGAGACGGCUCUCCCUAUCGGCUACCGCCUACGCACCGUUUGAGGGCCAAAACUAGGGUUGCUGUUUUGCGUAAUCUCUUUAUGAGUGAGGAUGAACACGCAGCGAUUCUGGCCAGCCGCGAGCCUUUUGAUCUUGAUAGAGUUUUUCGUUUCCUUCGGAACUCUGCUUGGAUUCAAUCCGAGGAUAUCGGUGCAAUGAAGUCAACGCGCAACAUCUUACAUAGUGUCUGGGGCUUCUUUAAACAUGGAGGGGUUGUAGGGGUCACUAGGAGUGUCGAUGUCCUUCCUGGGUUUGCCACCCUCUUGACCCGGACGCUGAGGCAAUGCGCGCCUGACUUUAGGUACACCACAGUAGCCCUUGUUAAAGACGGAAAUGUUCCACCCCACAGAGACAUUCAUAACGUCCCUCAGGCUAACUUGGUACUCCCAGUGUGUGUCCCAAAAGAUGGCAUGUACAUGUGGUCUGAGUUGGUUCAGGGUGAUCCGGUGCGUGGUCCAAUAGAGCUUCGUUCUGUUCCCAACGGCAAUCAGGUUGCAGGGCAUUUGCAGUGGCUUGAGCCGGGAUGUCCUCUGUACCUUGAUGCCAAACGUUGGCAUGCGGCGCAAGCUUUUUCGAAAAGUAGGGUCCUGCUGAUCAUUGCGUAUUCUCUUCAAGUCUUUGACAAGGCUACCCCUGACAUGUGUCAACAUUUAUACGAAGUGGGUUUCCCGAAGUUACUGGCUCCGCCUGGUGAGUCGCCUGCCUUUGUAUCUCCUAAGCGGGAGAGUGCCGGUGAGGUGUUGCAGAGGCAUGCUGAUGAUGCUCAUCAGGGGGGAGGGGUUAGUCACGAGAAGGUGUUUAGCGAAGUGUUUCACAUAAGGGAAGGAAAAAACAAAACAAAAAAUGAAAAAAUCCAAAAUCAAAAUAAAAAUGAGUUGUUUUCCGGUGGGGAUGGGAAAAAUCCUCCUCUAGACGCCGCCGGGUCCGAGGCCCUGCGGAAGGUCUCAGCAGCUCAGUGCUGCAUGUGUAUGGAUCGGGCAUGCGGUGAGUGUGCUCAGUAUUUUUCAGAAGCUCCUGAAGGGACUCUGGAUUCUUGUGUAGGGGUUCAGUCGCAACACCGGGGGAGCCCGUCCAGUAACGGAGGGCUUUCUGGUGAGGUGUCGGAAAAGUUAGCUCAAUCAAUUGCUGGCAGCCUUGUGGAAGGGUCGCCGUGCGUGGUUGAUGUUGAAGGGUUGUCUUGGGAAGAGGCCGGGGAUUCGGAACGCUUGUUUGUUCGCGUGUUCAGGGUUCCUGCUGAAAGUGCUUGUUUGCAUACCGGCGAGGACGUGCAUGGCGGUGAAAGCUUGCUAGUUGCCUCCGAGUUGCCUUUUGUUUUCGGUGUGAACGAGUGGAGUCUACUUGGGGCCGCAGUUCAGGAGACCGAUGGCCAUCAACACGCCCUGAAGCAGGUGAUCAAGCGUGAUGACCGAUUGUUAAAGAAGGGCCUUGAGGAUGGACAGUCUCUUGAGGGUGUUGAAGGCGCUGAGUUGUUGGCGUGCUGGUCGUCCGAAGUGCAGUUAGUUGAGAACGCCUUGCUUCAGUUGAGGGCUUGUUGUGUUGACGAGGGCAGUGAGGACCAUCAAAAGACUUUGACUGAGGUUCCCCAGUUCUUGCAAACUCGAACUUUCUCAAAUGAGGAGGUCCUCGCUAACUGGUCUGAGCCCUGGGAGACUUGCACUGUCGGUGAGCUUGCGUCGUUGUUGGACACGAAGCGUGCGUUGUCAAGGACCGAUGAUGCCCAGAUCGCAGGUUGGAGGGCUGAGGGCAUUGAAGUAACCGUUGUGCCAUCAAAGACCGUCUACUCACGAAAGGCGGUGACGGGCCGUCAUAAGUGCCGCAUCGUCAUUUGCGGCAAUGCGCUGCCCAACCUUGGUGAAUCCAAUCUGGAACGCAAGAUGGCUACAUAUGCUGGAGGCGUGGACGUUGGUUUGUUGCGACUCCUGCUGGCAGAAGCGGUCCAUUGCGGAUAUGCGCUGGCGACAUGGGACGUAGCUACUGCGUUCCUCAACGUCCCAGCGCGCCCCAGAGACUUGAGGGCUGCGGCCAGAGGCAAGGCGCAGAUCGUGGUAGCCAUGCCACCUAAAUCCCUGGUCCGAAAGGGCUUGGUUCCGCCCGGUGAGCGGUGGAAAGUAGACCUUGCAGUCUACGGACUUGACACCAGUCCAAGGGAUUGGACCCUGCACCGUAACGAAGUCUUGGUUGAUCUCACGGUCGUCGUUCUUGACGUUGUUUUGCGACUGAAGGCUUGCUUGUCGGAUUCGAGUGUUUGGCUUGUCGUGGAGUUGCCAAAUCCUACUACUCCGAUCUCUGAAGGUCGACUUGUGGGUUGGGUCGCUAUCUACGUUGAUGAUUUUUUGGGUGCCGCUCGUUGGGAGUAUUUGGAAGCCUUGUACAAACAAGUUGUCAGUGUGUGGCAGUGCGGUGCUCUUGAGCGUGUUCCGCGAAAAGGCGAGGGACAAGCGGUGCGAUUUGAUGGUUUCGAGCUUCUUUGGGACUCUCAAGGGAAAGGCUUGUAUGUUAACCAGGCCUCUUACAUUAAGGAUAUGUUGGAGCGCCAUGAAGGCUUCAAGCCUCAAUCCGUCCCACUCGCAAGGGCGUUGCCUCAAGAAGGCGACCCGGAGCCCGAUGAAGCGCACCUCAAAUUGUGCCAAAAGGCCUCAGGUGAACUUUUGUGGCUUGCCGUUCGUACUCGCCCCGACUUGGCGUAUAGUUGUUCCAGGAUCGCAUCAAUCAUGAGCCGCAGGCCAAAGGAAGCAUACCUUGGAGCAUUGGGCGUGAUUGGGUAUCUCUCUCAGACUGCUGAGUUGGGGCUGUACUUCUCCGCGAAUCCUAGGCCUUGUCAAGAUGAGGCUCAACAUGGCUCCGUUGGUUGUGGCUUGCUUGAAGUGCAUACA